CAAAGAGGUACAACAGUUAUAUGAGGAAAUGGAACAGCAGAUAGAGAGGGAGAAACAAAGGCUGCAGUAUGAGAGUAAAACCAGGAGUCAGUUGUAUAAUAUGGAGAUGAAGAAAGUUCUGAGUAUCAAGGAACAGGAAAUAGAACAUUUCCUUGGUAUUCAAAAAGAGCUUGAGAUGCAGCUUCUCACCCUUAGGGAAAAGCAACAUAUGGUCAGUACCCAAACCCAAGAACUCAAACAAACCAACAGUGUGCUUGAGAACCAGCUACAUGAAACUCUCUGUCAGCUUCAACAGACUCAAAGGCAACUAGAUACAAUGAAAACUAAAAUAUCCCAGAUGCACAAAGAGGGCAGGGCGUUUGAUGAUGUGGCAUCAAUGAGCAAUGCUGACUCAGAGCCCAGAACAAGAGUCAUCUCCAUUAAAGAGGAUCCCAUGGCAAACUCUACUGGAGGAGAACAGUAUUCCCCACAGCAGCCUUCAGGGCAAAGUUCUUUGUUCAAAGAGCUUAAUGAAGCUAUAGCAGCUCUGAGCCAAGCAACUGAAUCACACCAACAACAAAUAGAUGACUUAGGUGUUCAAGGACAGGAACUUAUGGAUCAAAUUAGACAAUGUAGAAAUUCUCAGAAAAGCUUUGUGCAAGAAAAGAUACCUCCAAAGGAAACUGUCUCAAAAAAUAGUAGUCUGGAGCAGAAAAUUUCUGAAACUCUUACUGGCAAGGCGAGAUUACAAGAAGAGGUUUUUCUUAAAGAAGGACUGACUCAUAUACAGGUCAAUAGUCUGGAGAGGAUGGAAAAUAAUCUGACAGUGGAAGUUAAAACUCCAGAUCCCAUGCCAAGAGGAAGUCUUAUUCCUGAUGCUCAAUCAUCUGUUUAUUCAGGGAUGAUGACAGAUAUUGGUGGUGACUACAAAGAGGGGCCAUUACCAGGGGACACUCUGGCUUUAGAGCAGUUAAACCAACCUGAACACCAUAAACAAGGUUUAAAGUAUAGCAAUAUCAUCCAGAAUGAACCUUUGUCUACCAGUUUAGAGGAAAGAGUGAUAAGGUUAUCUCCAGAGAUGAAAAUGCUAGAUAAACCGGCAUCCAAGACUUUACACUCUUUGGCACCAUCUCAUUUCCCACUUAGGAUAGCUUUGCCCAAGGUGAAUGUUGGAAGUGAAUCAAAAAGCUCAUUUGCCCCAAACAGCCAAUUAAGGAAUAUGCUUGAGCCAGAAACACAUGCACAAAACUCUGAAGGGCUACUGUUAUCAGAACAUGGAAGAGAAGGAAAGAUGAAAGAGUGUGAGUGUAACAAGGAUCAAGAAAUUAGAGCAGUAAUGGAUGAAGAAGUAAAAGUCAGUCCAAAUCACAGGGAUUGCCAAAUGAAUGAAGGCACAAAAGAAACUUCUAAAGUCACCGGAGCUGCCUGUUCUAAUCCAGACCACUUGUAUAAUGUGCUCUUUGUAGGAAACACUGAUGUUGGCAAGACAUCGUUUUUGUGCCGGUUACAGAAGAAUUCAUUUGAUGCAAAUUUAACUGCAACUAUAGGAAUUGACUAUCGGAUCAAAAACCUCUUUGUGGAUGACAAGUGCUUCACUUUACAACUAUGGGACACGGCUGGCCAAGAAAGAUACCACAGUCUCACCAAGCAGUUCUUCCGAAAGGCUGAUGGAGUGGUAUUGAUGUAUGACAUCACCUCAGAAAACAGUUUUGCAGAUGUGAGAUACUGGCUCAGUUGCAUCCAGGAAGGAGCAGGAAAUGAAGUUACUGUCCUUCUGCUUGGCAACAAAACAGACUGCACUGCAGAAAGGAGGGUAUCAAUAGAGGAUGGUGAAUACUUGGCCAAGGAAUAUGGGUUCUCAUUUUAUGAAUGCAGUGCUGCCUCUGGUUACAAUGUGAAUGAAACCAUGGUCAGAUUAGUCAGGUUGCUGAAAGCUCGUGAAGACCAGCUAAUACAAGAAAUUUUGGAGUUACCACUAAUACCUAAAAAGAAAAACAGGUGUUGCUCAUAAUCAAAAGUGAAAAAAUGAACACAAAGUGUUAAGAGCUAAUGAUUCUAUGCACCUAUAUUAUGUGGAAUCUAGGCCAAUUUGUGUACUACUGGCAUAGUGCCAGUUUACAUGGCCAGUUUUAAAUUGAUGUCAAGAAUUAUACCUCCGAUCUCACUUUUUUCCCAUUAAGAUAUGUUCUUUAUUUUCUACAUCAAAUGUUUGCAAGCUAUGGUCUACAGAAAAUUUGCAGAAUGGGCAAGAAUAUCUAUUCUUGAUUUAUAUUUUCUUAUAUCAUGAUAGCUAAUAUAAAACUGGCACAAAAUACAUGUUUGAUUGUUCUUUCUCUUUUAAACUCUUCUAUUUUUCCAUUGUUUUCAUUUAAUAUGUAUGUAUAGAUAGGUGUGAUUAAUAACUUCUGU